AUGACUCCUCUAUAUAACGCCGAAGGGUACCAUGAGUCUUGUGUCAGCCAAGGAACCUGCAACAGCCAGUCGUCUAAAUGCGCUGUUGGCGACCUUGGAAUGCGAAAGGUCGAAAAGGCUGCGGUCGCCUUGUCGCAGCUUUCGCCGAUUUACCAUCUGCGGUUGCCAAUGGGCAUGUUGUUGGCGUUGGCUGAAGACCGGUCAGCUCGCGGGUGA